CGACCUACGGGUAAGUCAGGGUGUCAUCGAACGACGAAUUGUUGAAGUCCGCAAACGGCAAAAUGGCUGGGGCCAUAGUGCGUUGUUUUCAGGUUCCCAGGAGACAAUUGGGUCUCCUUGGAUCCACCUUAACGAACCAACAGCAAAGAACGUUUGCCGAUGCUGCACCGGAAGGAAAGAAAAGGGGUGGGCCCUUGGCUGAUCAGGACCGUAUCUUCACAAAUUUGUAUGGCAGACAUGACUGGAGGUUGAAGGGUGCCUUGAAGAGGGGAGAUUGGUAUAAGACUAAACAAAUCUUGGACAAAGGUGCAGAUUGGAUCAUCAAUGAGAUUAAGGUCUCUGGCCUAAGAGGUCGUGGAGGUGCUGGUUUCCCAUCUGGCAUGAAAUGGUCUUUCAUGAACAAGCCGUCGGAUGGAAGGCCAAAGUAUCUGGUAGUUAACGGUGAUGAAGGAGAACCUGGCACCUGCAAGGAUCGGGAAAUUCUACGUCAUGAUCCACACAAGCUUGUAGAGGGUUGUCUCAUUGCUGGUCGUGCAAUGGGUGCAUGUGCCGCUUACAUCUACAUUCGUGGUGAAUUUUACAAUGAGGCAUCUAACAUGCAAGUGGCCAUUGCAGAGGCUUACCAAGCUGGUCUAAUUGGGAAAGAUGCUUGUGGGUCUGGCUAUGAUUUCGACAUCUUUGUCCAACGUGGAGCUGGAGCAUACAUUUGUGGAGAGGAGACAGCUCUCAUAGAAUCUAUUGAAGGAAAACAGGGAAAACCUAGGCUAAAACCACCUUUCCCAGCUGAUGUUGGCUUGUUUGGUUGUCCUACGACUGUUACCAAUGUUGAAACCGUCGCUGUGGCGCCUACCAUUUGCCGACGGGGUGGAACGUGGUUUGCGUCAUUCGGUCGUCCACGUAAUCAUGGUACGAAAUUGUAUAAUAUCUCCGGUCACGUGAACAACCCGUGUACCGUAGAGGAAGAAAUGUCCAUUCCUUUGAAAGAACUUAUUGAAAGGCAUGCUGGAGGAGUAAUCGGUGGAUGGGAUAACUUGAUGGGUGUGAUUCCUGGUGGAUCAUCCACUCCUGUCAUUCCUAAAAGCGUUUGCGAUACAGUAUUAUUGGAUUUCGACGACCUCGUAAGAGCUCAGAGCUCAUUUGGUACAGCAGCUUUGAUCGUAAUGAAUAAGCAGACGGACAUCAUUAAGGCCAUCACACGCCUUUUGAGCUUCUACAAGCAUGAGUCUUGUGGACAGUGUACACCGUGUCGUGAAGGAAUCAGCUGGAUGUUCAAGAUCUUGAAGAGAUUCGUGGAAGGAAAGGCUGAGGAGCACGAGAUUGAUAUGUUGUGGGAGCUGACCAAACAAAUUGAAUUGCACACUAUCUGCGCUUUGGCUGAUGGUGCCGCAUGGCCGGUUCAGGGUCUCAUUAGGCACUUCCGACCGGAAAUAGAAGAACGUAUUAGGGGGCGCAAACAAGCUGCUGCUGUUAAUUGAGUACAAAGUGUACAUAUGCGAAUCAACGCGCGGUGUAGUCACGUUUCCUAUGUAAUUCUGCCGGACCCUGCUUAAGUUUCGGAGGUUCGGUGAAUAAAACACAUAGAAAAAUAAAACUUAAUAUCUUUUCAGGGC